AAGUUCUUCAGCGUCUGAGAGCGCACUUCCAGUGGCCUCGCCAUUCAGGCACUUAUUUGGCCACCCAUCCACCCUCCAGGGGUCCUUACCGCCCUCCCCGCGGCUAAUUAAGUCACGGACUCAGUAGCCAAGGCGACCACCCGAUUGACAGACUUGGUUACCAAUCAACUUCCGGAUGCUUCAGUUUGGGCUCUCCCGGCGCGUGGCGUGUAGUCCAAUGAAAAAAGUAGAAACGCCAAAGGGGGCGGUCACGGGGCUGCCUAGGUUGUGGCGGUUCCCUGGUGAUUGCGCGCUGGGGGCUGAGGCGUUUGCGGGCCUCGCACGAUGCCGUGACGCAGCAUAGCGACAGCGUUGGCAGCGUGAGCGCACUCCUAUAGAGGGAGCCCUUCGGUCACUGAGGUGGCGCGGCGUGGAGGCAGGUUGCUAUUUGAGGGUGUUUCUUCCAAGCCUCAGUGAGUGGGGGAGGGGCAGCGGACGACGAACGGUUUCUCUGCGCUUGCGCGGGUACCUUCGCCGUCUGAGCUGCACGCACGCGCAUGCCCGUAGCGCGCGGAGCCGCGGUGGCCGACUACACUACGCGUGCGCGCAGAGGAUCCCGCUGAGGAGCGGCGCUGGCGGACCUCUGGAGGGCGGCCCGUGACGUCGUGAGGUGCGCUUUAAAGUGCGGGCCGGGCCGGGCGUCGGAGGGUCUGGCCGGCAGUCGGGCUGAGCCUCCACCUCGGCCCUCCGCGGCAUGAGGUAUUGCUGGCUUCCCAGCUCCCCGGGUCGUGGAGAGGGUGGAGGAGGAGAAAAUCCUGUUGCCGCCACCGCUGCAUGACCCGCCGCCCCUGAGGCCCGACCCCGCGCCCAGCCCCUCGACGCCCCUCUCCAGGUCUUCCGGCCUCGCAUGGGGGUCUGGCGCUGAGGACCCCCUUCCCUCCGGGGGUCCAGGGGCGCGUCCCCCGAGAGCCAUGCCCGGCCGCCCCGCCCGCCCCGAAGGACCCUAAGCAGCGUCGUGGGGCCAUGGCGGCCGCCAGCGGUUACACGGACCUGCGUGAGAAGCUCAAGUCCAUGACGUCCCGGGACAACUAUAAGGGGGGCAGCCGGGAGGCAGCUGCCGCCGCCGCCGCCGCUGUGGCCGCGGCCGCUGCCGCCGCCGCCGCCGCCGAACCUUACCCGGUGUCUGGGGCUAAGCGCAAGUACCAGGAGGACUCGGACCCCGAGCGCAGCGACUACGAAGAACAGCAGCUGCAGAAGGAGGAGGAGGCGCGCAAGGUGAAGAGCGGUAUCCGCCAGAUGCGCCUCUUUAGCCAGGACGAGUGCGCCAAGAUCGAAGCUCGCAUCGAUGAGGUGGUGUCCCGCGCCGAGAAGGGCCUGUACAACGAGCACACGGUGGACCGGGCCCCUCUGCGCAACAAGUACUUCUUCGGCGAGGGCUACACGUACGGCGCUCAGCUGCAGAAGCGUGGGCCAGGUCAGGAGCGCCUCUAUCCGCCGGGCGACGUGGACGAGAUUCCCGAGUGGGUGCACCAGUUGGUGAUCCAGAAGCUGGUCGAGCACCGCGUCAUCCCAGAGGGCUUCGUCAACAGUGCCGUCAUCAAUGACUACCAGCCCGGCGGCUGCAUCGUGUCUCACGUGGACCCCAUCCAUAUCUUUGAGCGCCCCAUCGUGUCCGUGUCCUUCUUUAGCGACUCCGCUCUCUGCUUCGGCUGCAAGUUCCAGUUCAAGCCUAUUCGGGUGUCGGAACCUGUGCUUUCCCUGCCCGUGCGCAGAGGGAGCGUGACUGUGCUCAGUGGAUAUGCUGCUGAUGAAAUCACUCACUGCAUACGGCCUCAGGAUAUCAAGGAACGCAGAGCAGUCAUCAUCCUCAGGAAGACAAGAUUAGAUGCACCCCGGUUGGAAACAAAGUCCCUGAGCAGCUCUGUGUUACCACCCAGCUAUGCUUCAGAUCGCCUGUCAGGAAACAACAGGGACCCCUCUCUGAAACCCAAACGGUCCCACCGCAAGGCAGACCCUGAUGCUGCCCACAGGCCUCGGAUCCUGGAGAUGGACAAGGAAGAGAACCGGCGCUCAGUGCUGCUGCCCACACAUCGGCGGAGGGGUAGCUUCAGCUCUGAAAACUACUGGCGCAAGUCCUAUGAGUCUGGGGAGGACUGCUCAGAGGCGGCAGGCAGCCCCACCAGAAAGGUGAAGAUGCGGAGGCACUGAGGCCUGCCUCGCCCUCCUGGGAACUCUGGUUAAUCCUCACUUAGCUGUCCCCUCUUGUUUCGAGGGUUUUGUUUCUGUUUGUUUGUGGGGGGUUUUGUUUAUUUUUUGUUUUUUUAUCCUUCCCCUCUCCUCCACUCCCAUCCCCACCCCCACCCACUGCACCUCUGUUUAUUGCCUGUUAAGGCUGAAGAACCGAUUGACCAGGACCUGGUUCUCACAUUCUUGGUUUUCCUCAUGGAUGGAAAGGCUGUUGGCAUCAUUAGGGAAUGGAAGUUCGUGCUGGAGUGACCAGUAGAAGUACGGGGACAGCUGUCCUCAGUUGGGGUUGUGUCAGACUGGGUUUAUUUAAAAGCACCAAAAUGUUUUAGCUAAGAAAUUUCUUGUUUUGCUUUAAAUGUAAAUCCCUCAGUGUUGUAAAGGAAGUCUGUUUCCUGCCUUCCCCAUCUCCACUGAUGACUGCUCUGGGUUGAGGUCUCUUGGGUCUUGCAGGCUCCACAGAGGCCCACUCUCCUUUCACCUCUUAACUGCUCUCCAGUCCCCCAAAGUUCAUGCAAACACCCACUUCCUCCUGCAGCAGUCUCAUUUGGGGUGACUGGGCAAGGAUUUAAGCUAUGCCAGCCAUUGCACCAGAGCUAUUGUCAAUCCCACAGGCUUCCUUCUCCACACCCACUGGCCUGCUCUACCUAUGGAAUGCUGAGGGGCUGGCUGCAGUGGUCCUGACCUCUCUUGCCAAGAGCACGCCUUUUUGCUGGGUUGCUCCUUUUAAGCAUAUGCGUGUAAAAUUGUAUGAGACAGUUAGACUUGCCAUGUUGGGGCAGUUUUAGGAAUUGUUUCUAGCUAGAGGGACUGAUGUCCUUCCAAGUCUAGCAUUUGGGAUAUGGAAAAUUGUUGUGGUGUGUGGUAGGGAUUUUGUUUGCUUUUGUUUUGAGUUUUUAAUUUUUCUUUAGUCCCUGGCUUUUCCCUGUCCCUUCCUUUCUCCUACAUUGACCAGCGUGGGCCUUCUUCCCAUUUCAUCCCUCUACAAAGGCAUCCACCCCCUCUGUCCGCCUGCGGCAUGCAUCCAGGGCCAAGCUCAGGGCUGCAGACUGGGUUGGUGCCUCCUCUGCCUCAGGGGUGUGGGAGCUGGGGAAGGGGCUUUUAAAAACAAUAAAAGGAAAAUUAAAGUUUUUGGCAGUUUCCACCUACUCAGAUCCUCGAAGGCUGCAAGGUUUUGCUGAUCUAGAUUCAUUAGGAAUAUCUUCUUGCUAGCCAGGGCCAAGACCCAGGCCACUGAGAACAGAGGCCCAUAUAUGGGGACCUUGUCUUACAGAGGCCUAGGCCUGAGGCUGCAGAAAUGGGGCCAGCCACCAUCAGGAAGCCCCUCUCAGGGGUCAGAACUCCUUUGCCAUCGUGGAUUCCUCAAGUUGGACUGCAUAACUAAAGCAAGUUGCAGUUUUAUUUUUUUUACAGCUUUUUUCCCAAAAAUGAUUUGUAGUUGUGUGUGCAGCACUUUGCCCUGAUAUGUGUGCUCUACAAUAAAAACCAAAUCUAAUAUAUUUUGAAACAGUUGUCUGAUGCUGUUAUAAGAGAGGACCUUAAACUCUGAACAGGGUUUGGUGGGGGGAGGAAGGUGUGACAAAGCUCAUUGCAUACCAAGACCCCAGAGGAGACCACCAAUUGCUGAUACAGGCCUCCUGUAUGCCCAGCCUUCAGCUGAGGACUGAAGGUGCCCACUCCAGGGAGGAUGACUUCAUAAAUUGUGUGUCUAGGUUUCCAGGGAGCUGUGUACUGAAAGGAGCCGGGACCAUACCCUCCUGAAUUCUGGAAGCCCCUCUUCCUGUGGGUGAUUGUGGGGAGGUUAUGUGCGAGUGAAGCCAUGAGCAAAGACAGGGAAGAGCUUAGCCUUUGCAGAAGAUAUGCAAGCGAUUUUGCUCAUUAAAUUCUUGUUCUUUGUGGUAACCAAGUCCUCACUAUGGCUCCAUUUGUAGCAUAACUUUUCUGAUCCUUGCUUUUAGGACUGUACAGGGUAUAGGACCAGGGUAUGAGGCAGACAUUUUGAGCCUGAGGGAGGGUUUUAGUCCCUUCAGAUCUUGGACCUGGACUUUUAGUUGCUUCCAGUGUCCAGAGCAAGUCUGCUUAGUCAAAUUCUUGUGGAAACCUGGCAAACUACUUAAUUGUUGGUUUAACAAAGUAGAGGGGGAGCAAGUAAUGGGUCAGGGUUUAUUCCUUCUGAUCACUGAUAGGAUAUGAACAUAUCUAUAGCCAGUUGGGCCUAUAGGGACAUCUUCUAAACUUGGCAGACUUGGCUGUGGAUACCCUGAGAGUGAACUGAGAGGGAAACUGACUUGUCAGAGGUUAUCCAAACUAUACAUGGCCGUGGUGGGAAGCCCCAUUCUGUUUCUGAGCCCUUGACUCCUAGGUCAUGGGGUGGGGACUCAUGUGGCUCCCUGAGGAGGUAGGAGGGACUCCUAUAGCUGUCAAAGCCCGAUGAGUUCUUCCCAGACCCUGCAGGGAGGAGGCCCCUUGCCUGCAGGAUUGAGGAACUGGAGAGAGUAGAGGAAGAGAAUCUAACCAUUCUAGGGCCACUUGCUUCAGUGUCUGUACCUGUAUAGUGUCUGCGUGACCCCUCAGCUCUGGGACUAUGAUCAUUCUCUGAGCAGUUCCCAAGGCCACUAGGGUUGAAGGAAAUUUUGGGGUCCCCUACUGACUCCCUGAAUCUGACUUUUAACUAGCUGUCUUCUGGGCACCAACUGUUUGGGCCAGAUGGUGAGUCCUGUCAAUCUGUGUCCCAGGCCAGUUUUGUACACAGUAGGUGCUCUUAAUGUCUGGCAUCAGUCCUACCCAUUUGGGGAGCUCAUCCCUUUCCUCCAACUCUGUUAUUUGGGGAAACUGAGGCCCAAAGUCACAUUUAAUCAAAACUGUUUGUCCUACUGUGUACUAAGCGCUGCUAGGUGCUGAGGAUGCAAAUCAGGCCUGGUAGAUACACAUACACACAUAGGAGAUUAUAGGUUGUACUGAGAUAAAAGAUAUGUAGCACAUAAAUUACAAGUAAUAAAAUAUACAGUAGUCUUAUAAAUUUUUCAGUCAUUUCUUUAAGAAUGCUUCUGUUGGUUUGUUUUGUUUUGCUUAUAUUUUGUUGUAGCCUACCCACAGUGAUAAUCUACCCAUAAUACAAUAUACAAGUGAAGUGGCAUCCUAUCAAUUUGUAUUAGUUUCUGAGGUCUGCUAUAAAUGCAACACAAACUGGGUAGCUUAAAACAAUAAGGAUUUACUUCCUCACAUUUCUGGAGGUCAGAAAUCCACAAUUACUGUAUCUGGGCUGAAAAUUAUACUGGGAUCUCUGUGGGCUCUAGUCUUUGCCUUUUGAUUUUUGGAGGCUGUUGACAUUUUUUGACUUUAUGGCCACAUCACUUUUCUUUCUGCCUCUCAUUAGGACACUUGUGAUUAGAUUACGGUCCACCUAGAUAAUCAAAAUAAUUUUCCCAUGUAAGAUAAGAUAAAAAACUGUACCAUAAAAAAAUUUACAAGUUCUGGGGAUUAGGACGAUAACUUUUGAGGGUCCCUGUUCAGGUGGCUACACUUUUUUUCCCAGUAAGUUUAUUGUCAUUAAAUCUGAUAUGUGACCUGACUUCUCAUGUUGGGACAAAUCAUUACUUGGAUUGGAAUUCCUCAGCACCUCUUAAAUCUAGACCUGUGCUGUCCAAUAUGGCAGUCACAUGAAAAUCCAGCUGUGAUUGAAAUGUGGCUAGUUUGAAUUGAGAAGUGCUAAUUUAAGUGUAAAAUACACACCGGAAUGUGAAGAGUUAGUUUGAAAAAAUGUAAAAUAUAUUACUUUAUAUUGAUUACAUGUUAAAAUAAUAUUUUGGUUAAAUAAAAUUGCCGUUUAAAUUAAUUUCAUCUGUUUUGUGUUAAUGUUUUAUAUCUAGCUACACAAGAAUUUAAUAUCACUGUGACUUGCAUUAUAUUUCUAUUGGAUGGCACUGGUCUAGAAAAAUAACAAUAAGUCAAACUUAAUCUGUGGUGUUUGCCAAUUUCCAUGGUGAAGAAAAUAUGCCCAUCAUUUCAAGAUACCCACAUAAGGUCAUCAGAGUUGUGAAGAGAGAUGUACAAGUACAAGUCACUAUAUAAUGUUUCCACUGUACAGAUGUGUACAAUAAAUGAAAAUUAAAGAGCC